CUAACGACCCCGAGGUCACUGACUGAGUCAGUCGGUGGCGCAGGGGGCGGGGCAGGCCGUCUGUCUGUCUGUCUGGACGCCGAGGGGCGGGGAAGAAUCGCGAAGGGCGGAGUUCUGGAGCCUGGAUUUUUGUAAGAUGAUGAACAAUGGCCUCCUCCAACAGCCCUCUGCCUUGAUGUUGCUCCCCUGCCGCCCAAUCCUUACUUCUGUGGCCCUUAAUGCCAACUUUGUGUCCUGGAAGAGUCGUACCAAGUACACCAUUGCACCAGUGAAGAUGAGGAAGUCUGGGGGCCGAGACCACACAGGCCGAAUCCGGGUGCAUGGUAUUGGCGGGGGCCACAAGCAACGUUAUCGCAUGAUUGACUUUCUGCGUUUCCGUCCUGAGGAGACCAAGUCAGGACCCUUUGAGGAGAAGGUUAUCCAAGUCCGCUAUGAUCCCUGUAGGUCAGCAGACAUAGCUCUGGUUGCUGGGGGCAGCCGGAAACGCUGGAUCAUCGCCACGGAAAACAUGCAGGCUGGAGAUACAAUCUUGAACUCUAACCACAUAGGCCGAAUGGCAGUUGCUGCUCGGGAAGGGGAUGCGCAUCCUCUUGGGGCUCUGCCUGUGGGGACCCUCAUCAACAACGUGGAAAGUGAGCCAGGCCGGGGUGCCCAAUAUAUCCGAGCUGCAGGGACGUGUGGUGUGCUACUGCGGAAGGUGAAUGGCACAGCCAUUAUCCAGCUGCCCUCUAAGAGGCAGAUGCAGGUGCUGGAAACGUGUGUAGCAACAGUAGGCCGAGUAUCCAACGUUGAUCAUAACAAACGGGUCAUUGGCAAGGCAGGUCGCAACCGCUGGCUGGGCAAGAGGCCUAACAGUGGGCGGUGGCACCGCAAGGGGGGCUGGGCUGGCCGAAAGAUUCAGCCACUACCCCCCAUGAAGAGUUAUGUGAAGCUGCCUUCUGCUGCUGCCCAAAGCUGAUAUCCCUGUACUCUAAUAAAAUGCCCCCACCUCCUGUUUUAA